AUGGCGGUCAGAGGAAUGUAUGACUACCUGACAGGGCGAUCGACCUCCGGCAAAGGAGCGACAUCACAAAGCGACCAUCAGCAGAAGGGGACUCUCAACAACCCAGAUCUGAACAUGAUCGACCAUACAAACCACAAUCAACAUCAAGACCCGGAGGCUGACAUCUCAGAAGCUCAGUCUAGCCCUGAUCCACUAAAUCCAGCAGUAACGGGCUAUCGCUAUCAUGAUGAAAAUUCCCACAACGAUCAGCGCAAGAGUACGCACUUUGCUGCCAUAGAACCAGAAAAGAAAUCACGCCUCAAAACACGAGCCACCCAUAGCGACAAAUUUGUCAAGCAUCGACACGAAACGGACAACGAUGGGCCAGACGUGACCUUUGAAGGAUCUGCUUCCGACUCUCGGAUGGAAGCAUUCGCAGAAGCUUACAAAAAGGUUCAACAUCUCGAAGCUGAAUUAAAGGAUCAACAAGUGAUCAACAAGAACAUGGUGGGAGCAGCGAAGGAUGAAAUUGACCAUUGGAAAAACAAAUACUGUAGGGCGAAGGAUCGUCUCGAUGACCGAAGCAUCGAAAUCAACAAGCUGCGGGGGGAGAUUGACACGUACCAAGCGGAGUUGAAGAUAUAUGAGGGAAACGAGGCAGCAUAUCAAAGAAAGAAUGUUGCACUCAAGGACCAGCUGGAGCUUGUUAAAUCGCACCUUCAAGAACACAAGCUGUUGAACCAUAAUCUCGAGAAGAAUCUCGAGGAUUGCAAAGAGCGCAUUUUUCGUUCGCAGCCAUUCCAGGGCCAAACUGAUACAGAGCUUCUUAACACAUAUACGAAUUUGUGUGACAGCAUCGACAAAUGGGUGUACAAGAGUGUGGCGGAUGGAGAGAACAAUGUUUUGCGUCUGGGUGAUGUGCAAUCGCGUUCUGAUGGUCCCAUCGCCUUGGGAGAUGCCUUUUCGCUAGAGGAAAUCGCUGCUAUUCGUCAAUUCCCAACACUCGGAAAUGUCAUGGUGAGCGCUUUCAUCAUGAGGGCUCUUGGAGCAGGCUUUCUCCACAACGAGUUCUCGCGAUUUGGUCUAGACGCAGUGACGAACGAUGUGCUGGGUGGUAUUGCCGCAGGUGUGCAAAAGCUGGAACCUGCGAAAGCAAUCGAAGACUGUCAGUCCUGGAGAGCGGACUUGCAACGUGUGCUGGAUCUGUUCAGUACAGCUGCUGGGAACAAGCUUAAGGCGUUGAAUGACUGGCAACUCCGAAUUCUCCAAUCCGUGGAAUUGGUAGGAAUGUCUGAUGAGGCAGUUGAUGACAUUAGAUUGGAUUGUCAAGCAUUUAUCCUGGAGGCUGCAAUGCUUGCAGAAGGCAUGUAUUUCUCAACAAGCUCAUACGGUUUUCGCACGCCUGCUCUGGGAAUUGGGACGCCAUUAUCAGCGCAGGAUCUCAAGAAGUUCAACGUGAUUGAUGGCAGCACCGGUGCUCUCUUACGACCUAAGAGAAGCCCUAUCGAGGAUCGCAAUGGAAGGGUUGGAGAAAUGGGCUUUGCAGUGUUUCCAGCAUUUCAUCGUCACAGGGAAGGGUCGAUGAGCAGUGUUGAGCUUUGCAAAGCCACUAUCGUGGUUCGAUUCGACCUUCCUGUCCCCCCAGUGGGAAAACCAAAACAGACGAGGUAA